AUGGCCAUGUUUGGUACUUAUGUGAAAAUUGGCUUGUCAUCAUCUUUACUAUCAGCCGAAGCAGUGGAAAAAUCAACCACUGAACAAGAAUUGGAAGAAAUAUUGCAAAGUGUCGUGUCAGACUAUGAACACAGAGACAAUCAUAAAGUUUCCGAUAAAGAGGACAGUACUGUAUCUAGUUGCUGUGAAUCGUGUGGCUGUACUCUUGGUAAUGGACAGACAUCUACUUGUGGUUUAUGUGAUAAAAAAAACACCAUAGAAAACGAGAAAAGCAAUUCAAAAUUACCGCUUGAGCAACAAGGAAAAAAAAAUACAUCAUGCAAUGUUGGUGACACAGUUCGAGUCAAGCUACCAGAAGUAGACAUAGGUAAAGGUGAUCCACAGAAUGUACUCUUCGCCGUUGUGUCUAUUAGUGAUAAUCAAUAUUACGAACUCGGUAAUAAAAAUGGCACUCUUCAUCAACUUUAUUCCAGAAAUCAAUUUACUGUAUGUUCUGAACCAUUAAUAGAUAUUUUAGAAGUGCUAGCAACAAAAAAAUCUUUUCGUAAAAUAGCUAAUGUACAAUCUUUUUCCGGUAGUCAAGGUUUUAAGAAGUGUUUACGUAAAACUAAAUGCUUAGCAAAUAAAUGUAAAUGA